AUGCCAUCACCCACGCUCACCCGCGCCGAGGUUGCCAAACACAACACCGAGGAAUCGCUCUGGUGCAUCAUCGACCACCGAGUGUACGACCUGACGGACUUCGUGGAUGCGCAUCCCGGCGGCAGCGUCGUGCUAGCCCAGGUCGCUGGCCAGGAUGCCACGACCGAGUUUUACAACCUACACCGCCAAGAAGUCCUCGAAAAGUACCGCGAAGAUCUCUGCAUCGGUACGAUCGAGGGCGAGAAGCCCGAGGUCAUCGAACCCAAAAUUGGCGCGCUCAGCCCCGUCCCCUACGCGGAGCCGUUGUGGUUGCGGCCCCAUUUCAAGAGUCCUUACUACAAAGAGAGCCAUCGACGUCUGCAGAAAGCCGUGCGUGAGUUCACGGAUCAGUACGUUACGCCCGAGGCACAGCAGAAGGAGCAAGAUGGAACCUAUAUCAGCCAGGAACUGAUCGACCGUAUGGCGGAGACGAAUGUUCUGGCUAUGCGAUUGGGCCCUGGCAAGCAUCUUCAUAACCGGAAGUUGCUGGGUGGUGCCGUUGACGGAAAGGAGUUUGAUUAUCUGCAUGAUUUGGUGGUUUCGCAGGAACUAGUCCGGGCCAAUGCGCGAGGCUUCCAGGAUGGAAACAUGGCCGGUAUGGCCAUCAGUUUGACAGCCGUGCAGCAGUGGUUACGAGACCCAGCUCUGAAGGAGCGUGUAACCGGAGAGGUCUUGUCCGGCCAGAAGAAGAUGUGUCUGGCCAUCACCGAGGCGUUUGCGGGUAGUGAUGUUGCAGGACUCAAGACUACAGCCGAGAAAACCCCGGAUGGGAAGCAUUACAUCGUUAAUGGCACCAAGAAAUGGAUCACCAACGGAAUGUUCGCCGACUACUUUGUUACUGGCUGCCGAACUGACAAAGGAUUCUCCGUGCUGUUGAUUCCGCGCGGGGAAGGUGUCGAGACGAAGCAGAUCAAGACCUCGUACUCGACCGCAGCGGCAACGGCAUUCGUUGAGUUUCAGAAUGUGAAGGUGCCGGUGCAGAACCUGCUCGGAGAAGAGCAUAAGGGGUUUGUUGUCAUUAUGAGCAACUUCAACCACGAGCGGUUCAUGAUGGUCGGCGGUGUAGUGCGCAUGUCCAUGACUGUCGUAGAGGAGUGUCUGAAAUGGUGCAACCAGCGCAUCGUAUUUGGUAAGAAGCUAGUUGAGCAGCCCGCGAUCCGCCAGAAACUCGCCCGCAUGAUUUCCCUGUGCGAGUCCAACCAGGCCUGGCUCGAGUCCAUUGCCUUCCAGAUGUGCAACAUGACCUAUGCGGAACAGGCCACGCACCUCGGUGGACCAAUUGGGUUGCUCAAGUCGCACUCAACUCGCGCUGCCCAGGAAAUUGCCGACCACGCUACUAAUAUCUUUGGUGGGCGUGGUCUGACGCAAUCCGGCAUGGGCAAGAUCAUCGAGAUGUUCCACCGCACAUACAAGUUCGAUGCCAUCCUUGGUGGGACUGAGGAGAUUCUGGCAGACCUGGGAGUGCGACAGGCCAUGAAGAAAUUCCCCAAGGCGAUGCUGUAA